CUGGGAGUCAAAACAAAAAUCUUCUGGAAAGUCGUCCUCAAAUUUGAAUAGCAAGCUAACUCACCUAAAACCGAGAGCGUUAGCAAAGUCGUUUUCAAAUGUUAUUUGAAUCAACUUUAACAUCUGCAUUUCACUUAAUCUGAUGUAUUUCAUUAUGGGAGCUUCACAAAAGUUGCGCUUUUUCUACAACUUUCCCUGCUCCGUUUUCGUGGCAUAGCUGGAAAGCUAACGCUGCUUGGUGUAGUAUAUGUUAGCCUAGCUUUGCUCUCCCCACACAAAAGCCCUGCCUCUUCUCGGCGUUGUUGGACACCAGAAGUUUCAAACUUUACUCACUGGUUUUCAGCGAAACGCCAUCAAAAUGUCUAUCCUAGGAUUAAAGAAGAAACAGCCAAAGACUUUUAAAGUCAAAGUCAUCACUAUGGACGCUGAAAUGGAGUUCAGCUGUGAGGUUAAGUGGAAAGGGAAAGACCUCUUUGAUCUGGUGUGUCGCACUGUUGGUUUGAGGGAGACCUGGUUUUUUGGACUCAGAUACACAGUAAAGGACACCUACGCCUGGCUGAAACCAGAGAAACGGGUUUUGGACCAGGAGGUCCCAAAGGACUCUCCCAUAACAUUUCAUUUCCUGGCUAAAUUCUUCCCAGAAAAAGUAGAAGAGGAGCUGGUUCAAGAAAUUACUCAGCACCUCUUCUUCUUACAGGUGAAGAAACAGAUACUGGAUGAGGAGAUCUUCUGUUCCCCUGAAGCUUCGGUUCUUUUGGCAUCAUAUGCUGUCCAAGCCAAGUAUGGAGACUAUGAUCCAAACUUUCAUAAACCAGGCUUCCUAGCACAAGAUGAGCUUUUGCCAAAAAGAGUUCUGAUGCAGUACCAAAUGACAGCAGACAUGUGGGAGGAGAAGAUCACAGCUUGGUAUGCUGAGCACAGAGGCCUCGCCAGAGAUGAAGCUGAGAUGGAAUACCUAAAGAUUGCUCAGGAUCUUGAGAUGUACGGCGUCAGCUACUUUGAAAUUACUCAAAAUAAGAGGGACACAGACCUGCUGCUUGGAGUUGACGCCCAGGGUCUUCACAUCUACAACCCCAACAGCAAACUCACUCCUAACAAGUCCUUUCCUUGGAGCGGCAUCCGUAAUAUAUCAUAUAGUGAAAAGGAGUUCACAAUCAAACCCCUGGACAAGAAGAAAGAUGUUUUCAAGUUCUACUCAUCUCAGCUCCGUGUCAACAAGCUGAUCCUGCAGCUGUGCAUUGGAAAUCAUGAUUUAUUCAUGAGGAGGAGGAAGGUGGAUUCAAUCGAAGUACAGCAGAUGAAGGCCCAAGCCAAAGAGGAAAAGGCCCGAAAGAAGAUGGAGCGUCAGAUCCUGGCACGGGAGAAACAGAUGAGGGAGGAAGCUGAACGAGCAAAAGAGGAAAUGGAACGAAGACUUUUCCAGCUGCAGGAUGAGGCGCGACUGGCUAACGAGGCACUGCUGCGAUCUGAGGAGACAGCAGACCUGCUGGCAGAGAAAGCUCAGAUUGCUGAGGAGGAAGCAAAGCUGUUGGCCCACAAAGCUGCAGAAGCUGAGCAGGAGAGGCAGAGGUUAGAGGUCGCAGCCAUGAAGACCAAGGAGGAGAAAAGACUCAUGGAGCAGAAGAUGAGGGAGGCAGAGCAGCUGGCUGUAAAACUGGUGGAGCAGUCUGAGCGGAGGUUGAAGGAAGCUGAUCACCUGAAACAGGACCUGACUGAGGCAAAGGACGCUGAGCGGAGAGCCAAGCAGAAGCUGUUGGAGAUCACCAAAACAACUUACCCUCUCAUAGCAGCUUAUUCUGCUCCCCCCGCUCCUCCUGCUCCUCCUGAAGCUGCCGACUUUGCCUAUGAGUCAGCACCUGCACGCCUCGACUUCAAGGACUCCGACAUGAAAAGGCUGUCUAUGGAGAUUGAGAGAGAGAGGCUGGAGUACAUGGAGAAGAGUAAACACCUUCAGGACCAGCUGAAGGAACUCAAGUCCGAGAUCGAGUCUCUGAAGCUAGAAGAGCAGCAGCAGCAGGCCAGCCUCUACAACCUGCACAGUGAGGCGAGGGGGUACAUCCCGGAGCCCGUCUACAUACCUCACAGCAAUAGAAACUCUGCAUACAUGUCUCAGAUGGCCUUCUUUGAAGAAGUGUGAUCCUAGUCCUGCAAGAUGGUGGGAACAGCUGCUGUGACACGGCGUUCUCAGCAUGUUUGGUUAAUUUUUAACUGACUGAAGCUAACAGAUCAACAGACACUCUUUGUGUUUUGGAAAGACUUUAAAUCUGUCCUCAAUGAUGAACUAAUAACACUAGUGUGUCUGCCUGAGCAGACUGUUAGGCUGGGUUGUGCCACCUGUAACACUGCAGCAGCAUCAGCAUUUCUCUUCGAGCCCGUUAUUGGAUGACAUAUAUCCAGCGCUUCUUCAGGAUAAGUUGAUGAGGAUGGUACAUAAGAGUUUUUGUUUAUACCUAGCUGUAUUGUGGUCCGAUAUAGAACUUAUGCCUGCCUUAAUUUUGAGCUAUCCAUUAAUGCCUUAAAAUAUUUUGAGACUGGGAUUAUGUAUAAAAAAAAAAAAAAAAAAG